AUGAAACCUCGCAAAAAGAAACCUAAAGGCCCCGAGAUGGAGGAUGCCCUCUGUUGCUGCGAGUACCUGGAUCGGACGGGGGAGCGAAGCCACCUGACGGCCUGUCUUUGUAACUGUGAGGACCUCGAUGAAUGCUGUGAAAGGUGGCUGACUUGCCGACCCUUGCCCCCUGGGAAUUUAGAAAGAAUUGCAGACACCUUCACGGACCGCUUCCGCUUCCCAUGGCCCAGGGGGGCUCUGAAGAUCGAUAUCAGCCUCCUCCCGCCAAUUAUCCUGCUGCCCGUCUUCCUUCACAUAGCAGCCUUGCACUUCCUCCUGGCGCUCAUCAUCCUGGUAUCGCUUCCUGUCCUGGUGCUGUGGUACUACUACCUCACACACAGGAAGAAGGGUCGGACUCUCUUCUUCUUGAGUCUAGGGCUUUUUUCCCUGGGCUAUAUGUACUUUGUGUUCCUCCAGGAGGUGGUUCCCCGUGGCCACGUGGGACGCGGCCAGGUGACAAUUCUCACUUGUGGUUUAAUUGUCAUGCUUGUGGCUCUGUCUCGAGCCAAGAGAGACCCUGGCUACCUUUGCAGCCAAAUGAGCAGUGACAAAGCCCUUUGUCAAGGCAACAGCAACAACAACGUCAUCUCAAGCCAGAAUGGCCUGGGGAGCGCCAACGGGCUUUACAGAGCCACUCUAUCCGGCACUGCUACAAACAGUCACACCGAGGGCCCUUCCGGCCCGUUGAAAGAGGAGCCAGGCGGGGUCACGGAGGACUGGUGCUCCAAGUGUCAGCUUGUUAGGCCAGUCCGAGCUGGGCACUGUCGGAUAUGUGGCAGGUGUGUGAAGAGACUGGACCAUCACUGUGUCUGGAUUAACAGCUGUGUUGGGGAACAGAACCACCAGGCCUUUAUCCUCGCGCUCUCCUUUUUUCUGCUCACCUCAGUAUAUGGGAUUUCUUUGACUUUGGACACGAUCUGUAGGGGGAAAGCCACCAUCAAGGCACUGUUCUACUGCCCUGGGGUCUAUGCAGAUUACAGUUCUGCGCUGUCAUUCACCUGUGUGUGGUAUUGCGCCAUUGUUACCUCUGGAAUGGGCUACAUCCUUCUCAUUCAGCUCUUGAACAUCAGCUAUAACGUGACGGAGAGGGAAGCUCGGAUCGCCCUACGAGAGAACUCUGGGCGCAGGCUGUGCUGCGGGAUGGCGAUAGACACCGGCCAAUACAACCGGGGCUUCCUGCGCAACUGGAUCCAGUUCGUUACCUUGGGCUCUCCCGCUUUGCAGCGCUCCACUGAAGCCAUUGUAUGA